GAUGAGCUUCACCUGUUGCUCGAGCCGUCUGCCCGGUGAGACGGUUUUACCAAGAGGACCGCGGAUUACCGGAGAGGAACCGGAGACUAUCGGACAGUACCGGAGAGGAACCGGAGACUACUGGAGAGAGAGGAGCGGACAGAACCGGAGAGGAGCCGAGACUACCGGAGUUUAGCUGAGUUCACCCGAGCCCCGGGAUGCAGAAAGGGCUGAAGAAGUACUUCGUCAACAUGGACGAGUACCUGUGCAGCCUCGGUCUGUACCGGAAGAUGGUGGCGCGAGAUGCGUCCAGCCUGUUCCGAGCUGUGUCUGAGCAGCUGUAUUACUCUCAGAACUACCAUCAGAGGAUCCGGCAGCAAUGCGCUGACUACAUGAGAGCCAACCAAUGCAACUUUGAACCGUUUGUUGAAGGUUCGUUUGAGAAAUAUUUAGAGCGUCUGGAGGACCCGAAGGAGACUGUGGGUCAGGUGGAGAUCAAGGCUCUGUCCCAGCUCUACAGGCACUGUUUCCUGAUCUAUCGUUACCCAGGGAAACCAGCCACGGUGAUCUCAGAAGAAGAAUUUGUUGACAAGGUGACGCUGUGUUGCUCCAUCAAUGGUCACUAUGACAUCGUUUACCCGAGGAGUUACCCCGCCUCGGCCGCCCUCUGUCAGUCUCUGUUCUAUGAGGUGCUCUACACUCAGGUGUUCGGCUUUGAGGAGGCAGAGCUCUGUCAGGCGAUGGAGGCAUUCAAGGUCGGAGGUCGUCGCUAUAGAAACAGCCAGUCAGUGUGCAGCGAGGCAGACUUUGGCUACGACACACCUGAGGACCGCAGUCACAGGGAGGAGUCUGAGCUGGGUGGAGCCGUGGAGGAGAAACGAGCCAUGCCCGAGGACACAAAGCCUCCUGCAGAAGCCCCGCCCCCCUCCAGGCUGUCUCUUCCUUAUAAGGUUAUGAAGUCUCUGGAUGGAGAGGUGUACAGAAACCUGGAGUUUGACGUGUGGCAGGAUGCCUGUAAAGAGAUGCAGAAGACGGACUACAUGGUGUUUGCAGGGAGGCAGUACUUCCUGGGAGACAAGUGUCAGGUGCGUCUGGAGCCAAAGGGGAAAUUUUACAACGCCUUCAUCCAGGAGGUCGGGACGCAUCCGUCAGCGGUCACUGUAUUCAUCGAGGAGCUGGGAGAGAAACACCUGGUCCCGCUGACGGACCUGAAGCCAGUGAAUCCGGUUCCUGCCUGGAACGUGGCGGCACCUUCCAGGAAAGGAGACAUGGACCCGGACCGCCACCGCCACCCCCCCCGCCACCGCUACUUCAGGAAGUCCCGUGGCGGGAUGAAGGGGGCGGAGCUUCUGAUGCCCCCACCAUCAUACGGUGGCCCUUCCCCCUCCACGCUGCCCCCCCGCUUUCAGUCCACGGGUCACCCCCGCCCCCCUGCGCCCUUGUCAGCUGGAGCCUUGACCUACGACCCCUACGCCCCCCCCCAUCACCACCACCAGCCUGCCAGGCCGCCUCGCUAUGGAGCCUCCAGAAGCUCCACCCGUUUCCUGAACCGUCACCUGAUUGGUCCACACCUGACCUAUUACCACCACCCGGGCCGACGCUAUUACCACGACUACGAGAACUAUGCCUUCAGAUCCCGGCGCAGCAGACGGCAGCUGGCAGCAGCUCUGAAUAAAGAGUGUCAGUUUGGUUUCUCUGCUGACGGUGGGGACGAGCCCUCGGAUCUGGAUGGAGCGAUGGCGUACUACCAGCUGGAGGACGAGGGGGGCGGCGUCUUCCCCCCCCUGCAGGGCCCCCCAGUGGCCCUGCCCCCCUCACUGGGAGCCCCGCCCCCUCCUGGCUCCUCCUACAGAGUCCAGAGAGUUUCAGGGCCCCCAGCCGCCCCGCCUGGAAACACCCCCGUCUGCUCAUCAGAGGAGGAUACUGAGGACACCAGUACUGUGGAGGACCAGGUGGGGUACACAGAGGAGUACAUCUACAUCAGUCAGGAUCAGAGGUACCCCCCCUCAGGUGUGUACUCUGCUGGAGAGCCCUCCAUCACCCAGGAUGAGCAGGAAGGAGGAACAGCUGACUCACCACCAAGAAAGGAGAUCAACUACAGCUACACACAGCAGGUGAAACCAUUAGCAGUGAUCGGCUCUUCUUCCUCUUCCUCCUCAUCCCCCUCCUCUCCAUCAUCACAUCUGCCGGCUGCCCACCUGCCAGUGGCUACACAGACUCGCUCAGUUGCCAUGGCAAUCCCAGCCUCCCCUCCCUGGUUGGUCAGUGAGAUGGGAGAGGCUCUCUGCAGCGUGGUGGCUCCGCCCCCUUACUCUUACGACCCCAACGGCAGCGACUUACCCCGAGACUGCAGGGUUCUUCAGUACUACUUCAACCUGGGAGUCCAGUGGUACCAUCAGAGCUGCUGGCAGCAGCAGCAGUCGUACCCCCCCCCUUCGCAGGAGGUCUCCUACCCCUACCAGCUCUACAGCCCCUACCUCAGCCAGGAGUCCUCCGUGCACGCUGCCCCCCCCUCAUAUCCUGAGACAACAAGAAGCCCCCACCAGCCCCCCUCCUUGUACCCAGAAUCCAGCAGGGCCGGUGACGGAGAGACAGACGAACACAGCAGCGGCCCCUCCCCCUCCAUUGAAGCCUCCCCCCUGUUAACCGCCCCGGCCUGCUGUACCAGGAUCAAACCCUCCCACCCCCUCCCCCCCUGAUGCACCUGCCAUAUGAAGCCCCCC